GCCAACUGGUUCAGUACAUUUGUCAUGUUUUGGAUUGAACCGAUGAUGCGUCGCGGCGCCAAGCAGACGCUCAUGGAGGAAGAUGUGUGGAAGCUGUGUCCGGAACACACGUCCGCCGUACUCCACGGCCGCUUUGACGUGUUCUGGCAGCACGAGAAGCUGCAGCCACAUCCGAGCUUCGCCAAAGCCAUGAUGCGCACCAUGCGAUCGCAAUGGUACUUCAAUGUGGCGCUGUACGCAUUGUACGCUGCGCUCAUGUUGCUGCAGCCCAACAUCAUCAAGUCGCUUCUGCAGUUCCUCCAAGCCAAAUCGAACGACGACCAAGUACCUGUCCACACAUCCCUGGGCAUCUCGUCGGGGUAUGCCCUCGCGGCGCUGCUGACUGUCCAUUCGUUCUUGUCCGUGACGAUCAUCGACUUUGGCCAGUACGUGUCGUCCAACUUGGGCGUGAACGCCAAGUCCAUCGUCAUGGAUUCGGUCUACCUCAAGUCGCUCAAACUGUCCGGCUUUGCCAAACGCAACAUGUCGUCAGGGGAGAUAGUCACGCUGUCAUCCGUGGACUCAGAGCGGUUGUUCCAGGGGUUCCUUCUCGGGCCAUGGGUCCUCGUCGCGCCCGUGACCGUGCUGGCCGUCUUCAUCAUGAUUGGCUUCGAUCUGGGCGCCUUGUCCGGUGUCGUCGGCGGCGUCGUCAUGGCAGCAUUGUUGUACAGCGGCUACACCACAUCCACGGCCGUUGGCGCCGUCCGCCGCGAAAUCCUCACCGUCCAGUCCGAGCGCGUCAAGCUAACCAACGAGAUGCUCCAGGGGGUGCGCGUGGUCAAGCUGUACGCGUGGGAGUCGCCGCUGGAGGCGCGCAUCGCGUCCAUUCGAGACGAGGAGCUGGCCCUGCUCAAAAAGUACCAGUACGUGCGCGUGCUCAACACUGUGACGCUGUCGAUCGCGCCGAUUCUGUCACUUGUACUGUGUCUGGCCGUGUAUGUGGCUCAAGGCCACGAGCUCACGCCGUCGCUGGCGUUCACAGCUCUCGCGUACAUGAACGUGGCUCGGCUACCGUGCACCGUUUUCUCCAGCUCCAUCAUGUUUGCGUUAGAAGCAUGGGCAUCCUCUACGCGAGUUGGCACGUUCCUCUUGGCCGACGAAAUCGCACAAGUACCUCCAAGUCCACAAGUGCUCGAAGGAGCUGCCGCUGAUUCGUCCUUCGCCGUGGAGGUUAGCCAUGGCACUUUUAGCUGGAACAUCGACCCCAGUGGUAGACAAGAGGCCAGCGAGAACGAAGGACCAAUGACGUUGAAGGACAUCUCGCUGACCAUCGCCCCCAACACCCUCACGAUCGUAGUGGGGCCCGUCGGUAGCGGCAAGUCCAGCCUCAUCAGCGCGCUCCUGGGAGAAAUCCACCAAGUCAGCGGAAGUCGACUCGUAACUGGACGCGUGGCGUAUGUGAACCAAGAAGCGUGGAUCCAGCACGCCACGCUGAAGGACAACAUCUUGUUCACAAGUGCCUUUGACGAUGUGAAAUACGACCGCGUGGUGGCGGCGUGCCAGCUCAAGGCGGACCUGGCCGUGCUGCCCGACGGCGACCAGACCGAAAUCGGCGAGCGGGGCAUCAACCUCAGCGGCGGACAGAAGGCGCGCGUGAGUCUGGCCAGAGCCAUGUACCGGUCUCACAACGCCGACUUGUACCUGCUGGACGAUCCGCUGAGCGCGUUGGACGUGCAUGUGGCCGGCGCCGUGUUCCGCGAGUGUGUACAGAACCUGUUGGCGGACAAGACGGUGGUGCUAGUACUCAACAGCCACUACCACUUCUUGCCCCAUGCCGAUCGCAUUCUCGUCAUGGAAGACGGCAUGAUCGUCGGGGAUGGGACGUUUGACUCGAUAAAGCAAGGGUUUCCGCAUCUCGUGAGCUUUACAGACGUGUCGGAAGACCCUUCGACGCUUGUGAAGGCUGACUGGCCAGAAGAAGACGCGAGUGGUGGUGAUGAUGUUGUUGUCAAGGCGGACGAGGAGAAGCAGGCCAAAGCAGGCGACUCGAAAUGCGGCGGCGGCGGCGGGGUUCUGGUGCAGAAAGAAGACAGGCAGAUGGGCGGCGUGUCCUCUGGUCUGUACCUGACGUACUUGCGGUCCACGGGGUGGAACGGGGCGUUCGUGGCCGUGAGCAUCGUCGUGGCGUUUACGAUAUCGCAGACGGCAGUGGUGGCCACGGAUUGGUUCAUGGGGUUCUGGUCCACCCACCCGGGGAACGAUGUCACAUCCGUCGUCGUGUACGUCGUGCUAGCCCUCGUGGCGAUGGCGCUCGUGUGGGGGCGCAGUGUGUACGUGUUGUUUCUGUGCGUGUUGUGCUCCAAGGCGCUGCAUGCCAAGCUGUUCCGCAAGGUGAUUCACGCGCCUGUGACGACGUUCUUCGACAUCACGCCAGUCGGUCGUAUCCUCAAUCGAUUCUCCAGCGAUUUAGAUCAAGUCGACAAUAUCCUGCCGUUCUUUGGGGUCCACUUUCUCCAAUUCGGGUUUCAAAUUGCCGCCGUGAUCGUCGUGUGUGCUACCACGUCACCGUUUAUCUUGCUCGUGUACGUUCCACUCGUGUACUUGUUCCACAAGGUGCAAGUGUUCUUCCUGCUCACAUCGUCCGAGCUCAAGCGCCUCGAGAGCAUCUCCCGCACCCCCGUGAUCAACCUCAUCUCAGAAACCAUCGAUGGCCUCUCCACCAUCCGCGCCUUUGGCAUGACCGACGAGUUUGCCGCCAAGGGCCGCACCAUACUCGAUCACAACCAGAGCUACUUUAUGAUCUACCGCAUCUCGUCAAGGUGGAUGCAGAUGAGGCUCGACUGGCUCUCCGCGGGCAUCCUCGCCGGCGUGUCGUUCAUUACGGUCGCGUCCAAAGCGAGCAUCGGCAUCACCGCCGCGGGGUUGGCUCUGACGUACGUCGCUCAAAUGUCAUCGUUUCUAUCCAGAAUGACCAUGGCUUCGUCCGUGAUUGAAAACAUCAUGACUUGCGUGGAACGGCUGGAGCAUUACAACUCGUUGGACACUGAAGGCGACUCUGUCAAUGCUUCGGCGGUUCUAGUAGCCCCGCCAAAGACGUGGCCAUCAGUGGGAUCGAUUGAGUUCAAAUCCUUCUCAAUGCGAUACCGUCCCAACUUGGAUUUGGUCUUGACGGAUGUGUCGUUUGAGGUCGUUGGAGGGGAAAAGGUGGGCAUCUGUGGCCGCACGGGGUCGGGUAAGAGCUCGCUCAUGGCGGCGCUCUUCCGCCUGGUGGAAGGGGCCGACGGCGGACACAUCUAUAUCGACGGCGUGGACAUUGCGACCGUGGACCUGCACACGUUGCGGUCGCGCCUGACCAUCAUUCCCCAGGACCCGGUGCUGUUCAGCGGCAGUUUGCGGUUCAAUUUGGAUCCAGCGAACGAAGUGUCUGACGACGAGUUAUGGGCUGUGCUCAAGAAGGUGCACCUGGCAGACAGUUUGGACAACGGGGGGCUGGAGUUCCACGUGGCCGAGAAGGGGAGCAACCUGUCGGUGGGCCAGCGGCAGCUGCUGUGCAUCGCCCGCGCCCUGCUGCGUCAGAGUCGCGUGGUGGUGCUGGACGAAGCCACGGCCAACAUCGACUUGGACACCGACCGGCUGAUUCAGGAGACUAUCAACGAGUGUUUCGAUGGCGUCACGAUGCUCGUGAUCGCCCACCGCCUCGACACGAUCCUGGACAGCGACCGCAUUUUAGUGUUAGAUCAAGGCCGAGUGGUGGAGUACGACGCCCCCCACGCCCUCUUGGCCACCGACGGGGGACCGUUCGCGCAGUUGGCGUCGCAUGCCCGGUUGGGCCAGUCGGGUGCCUUGUAGAUAUUCACUUAUUCACUCUAUGGAAACAUUCUACUGUAUAAGCCUUGCAAUGAAAUGCCAUCAUUGUGCCAUAUUGCUGGCUUUUACGACUGGCAAUGCAC